UGUUAUUGUAUUAACAGCAACAUUCAUUCAGUUUUCUUCAUGAUUAUCAUUAUUAUAGUUUUUUUAUGUCAAUCUGGCAACCCAGGACGAGGGACAGCCUCAUGCACAUGUGCAACCACAGAGCAGAAAAGGUUCCUUUAAAAACUCAGCACAGAGCACUGAGCUCAGAGAACCUAGCGGGAAGCAAGAGCUCACACGCACACACACACACACACACAUAGACUCAUACACACAUACACACAUACACACACACACACAAAGACAAAGACAAAUACGAGACAGGCUUCAGGACCAGAGCUGCUGGAGGUUUAAGGCUGUCUUUCGGAUGUCCUUUAGAAGACGUCAGUGACCCAAGUGCAGAGACAAAGACAGAAACGAUGACCAACAUGGAGAACGGGCGAAGCCAGCUGCAGCAGGCUCAGCAGGACGUGGAGGAGGUUCGCGUGAUCAUGUUGGAGAACCUGAACAAGGCCAGUGAGCGUGAGGGGAAACUGGGAGACCUGGAGAACAGAGCUGACCAGCUACUGGAACAGAGCAAGGUUUUUUCCAAAACUGCAAACCAAGUGAAGCAAAAAAAGCAAUGGGAGAACAUGAAGAUGAAGGUGAUCCUGGCAGUCAUCGUUGGAGUGGUGGUGGUGGUGGCUGUCGUCAUAAUUGCUGUGUUAAACGUUAAUCGUUAAGUUAAUCGGUACUGAGUGAAAAACAAUUCCGGUUGACGUGCAAAAAGGAAGAGAAGAUGAAUUGCUUUGUUUUUGCAGGUUGCUCAGGAAAUCAUGGAGUCGGUUCAUUUGUUAAACGCUAGCGUCGGGACUCGUGCUAAAGCGCUGUGUUUGUCCUAGCUUAAAAAAUCUCAGAGUGUGUUCAAAGAUCUGAUGGUACUCGUGGACACUUGCUGCUGUCUUUGCUUUCAUUUCUACAUAAGUAUCGUCCGUAACUGGCCUCUGUGCAAACAUCUGAAUAGUUAACCGAACAAAUGUGUGUUGGAGGAACCGGUAGAUGAGGACACUGAGCUGACGGUGAAGAACUUUCAGAAGCUUUUCUGCUGGAAAUGGUGAAGUUGGUCAUACUGUUACUCUUCAAACUGAGGAAAGAAGACUGUAGAUGCAUUUUAAAUGUAUUGAAUAUGGAUUACUGUUGGUGACCAUGUAUUGAUGUGUCGGAUCAGUUAACCUCAUAGAACCUAUAGUACCAGUACACUCUUAGAAAAAAAGGUUCCCUAUAGCCCUAUAAAAAGAUUCCCUUUGGCCCAGCUUUGCUGUCGCAGACAAAAUCACACCUCAUAAAAAAAGAAUUCUUUGGUGGUGAGUUGAGAUCUGCAGUCUUAGAACGCACCACGAGACACUCUCACAUUAUUCACGGCUGAUUUAGUGUGACCCAAAACAGCUGGCAGGGUGAGAAAUGUUUUAUUAAGAUCUCUGAGCGUGAGCGCUGCUACGACGCUCAUCUAAAAUGCACCAAUAGGAGGACGGCGUAGGACGACGCCAAACUCCCGGGACAGCUACAAGUACGGUAGUGGCGGUGGUGAAACUUAAACGAAACAUGGGAUUUAAAAGAAGAGAGGUUUGUUGAAUUGUGGUUUAAGCACAAGAUCAUUAAAAAUACUGACUUGCUCAUAUUUUCUGUAUGCUCACACCGAUGGAUGAUGCAAACAGAGUGCGGUCAUUUUCUGCAAUCACAGGUCUAUCGUUAGAGGAUCUUCAUCAUGUAAUCUGACAUAUACAACACACAUUAUUGCACAAUCUGAUAUAUAAUUUGGCCAAGAUUCUAUUAGGACCUUGUACAGUGUGACUAAAACUGGUUUAAAUGGGAGUAAACAGAUUUUAUAUUUUUUUUAAAGCCUUUAGAAAGCUACAUCUAUUAACCAUCUAAAGAACCCUUGGGGAACCCUCUUUUUUUCCUAAGCGUGCAAACUCACUAAAAUGAGUAUCAGUAAAAAAUAUUACAAUUGUGACUCUAUUGGAAGUUUUUGUCUAUAAAAGUUAAUAAACCUUCAUUUAAAAAGACAUUCUUGUCAUUCAGCAUUGUAAGCUGUGUUCUUUAGUAUCCGAUGUUUCUGAAUAAGGUGCAUCUGAAAUUGAUGCUGCUAAAAUAAAGCAUAUGGGUUUUUUUUUUUUUUUUUUUGAGUUGUCAGUUUGCUUGUAAGUCUGAUGUUUUGUAUUGUCUUAAUAUAAAAUACAAAGAAUUCUCAUUA